AUGGCCGAAUCAGCAUCUUCCCCAAUGCUCAGCAUCGACGUGGAGUUCUCUGGCGGGCUGGAAAUGCUCUUUUCCAACAAACGACAGCACGCUCUGUCGAUUCCCGCGGCAGGCCAAGAUGGGAAACCCGCCGACAUCGCGUACUUGAUAGACCACCUAUGUCAGAACGUCAUGGACGAUUCUCGCAAGGACCUCUUCGUUCUGGACAGUCACCUUCGACCGGGCAUCCUGGUUCUCAUCAACGACGCCGAUUGGGAGCUCGAAGGCGAGGAGGCCUACGAGAUACAGAGCGGUGACAACAUCUUGUUUGUCUCGACUCUGCAUGGAGGGACGCAUACAUACAUACGCUGUUGGGAUAUGGGUACGGACGUGGACUUGAACAUGGACAUGGUAGGCAUCGAGUGCAUACACAACCAAGCCCACAUCAAGAAUGUCUCGGGCUCACUUCAAGUUUCGACAAGGCAGGACGGACGGCUCUGA